AUGAAAUUUCUAUGCGAAUAUGAGGCGACGUUACUUGUUGAUACAGUGAAAAUGCCGCCACUAACAAUUGUUCUGCUACUGGUUUAUGCGGUAAUUAUACUAAUUGCGCUGGGUGGCAACAUUUUGCUCUGUGCCGCAGUCCUUUGCGAUCGCAAAUUGCGACGUCAGCAGGAAAAUUUGUUUCUGGUUUCGCUCGCCGUAUCUGAUCUUCUCGUGUCCAUCCUUGUGAUGUCGUUCGCGGCUGCCAACGAUAUUCUUGGCUAUUGGCCAUUUGGCCAUCUAUAUUGUCAGCUGUGGAUAUGUUGUGAUAUCACUUGCACCACAGCUUCCAUACUUAAUCUUUCUGCAAUUGCGGUACAUCGGUUUUGGCACAUCAGCCGACCACUUGUUUAUAUAAAGAGACGGAAGAUAUGCAUUGCGAUAGCUUUUGUUUGGCUAAUUUCUGCUAGUAUUGGUAUCACGCAAAUAAUCUUUGAAUUAGCGCAGAGAAAUGUAACAAUCAAGAAUAGUUGCAGAUCCGAGCCAGCGUGCGAACUCCGGCUGAAGCCGCCUUAUGCGCUCGGCAGUUCCAUGUGUAGCUUUUUCAUCCCGGCGACAAUGAUGGUGCUUCUCUAUACGCGUUUAUACUUGUAUGCUAGGAAGCACGUGAGGAUAAUGCGUGCACAGCUUCAGCAGGCUGCCAACUUUGUUAUCGUUUCGGUGGCUGAUGAACGCAUUCGCAAGGUUUCUUGCUUAUCUUUUGCUGAGCCGCUAUCGUCACGUAGCUCAUUUUAUGCCAGAAUCAGACGCACUUUUCUGUGUUUUCUCUUACAGCCUAAGCUAAACUCACUGAGGGAAACGCUAUUCCACUUCUUUUCUGCUCAAAUAUUCUUGCCAGGUAUUAUCAAAAUGCAUACGUUUGUUACAUUGCAUUCCCACUUUUUUUGUCACCUGCUCUUUUUUUCGCUAAGAAAUGUAACUUGA